UACUUCCGGGUUAAAAGUGCACUUCCUGCUCUCUGGAAAGGUUAUUGGGAUGUCGAUGUGUUCUUAGUGAAGAAGUGUGUUUCAUUACCCGAAACAUGUCUCAGGAUUCUUCGGGGUUUGCACCUUCCGAGCAACCACACGGGGUUUCUCCUCAGGCUAAUCCAAUAGGUCCAGCUUACGUUCUCACAGAAGAUGAGAAAAGGAUUCUGAAGGAGUGCAACCAGGAGAGCUUCCGCUACAGAUCUGGACCUAUUGCGGUGCUCAGCAUGGCCGCCACACACAUGCUCAUCGCCAGGGGCUUCCUCACUGCUUCCCCGAGGUUCGGCUCCCUGCCCAAGAUGGCGUUCGCCGGCAUCUGUGGUUUCAUGGCGGGAAAGAUCUCCUACAUGAAGACGUGCCAGGAGAAGCUGAAAAACUUGGAGAAUUCCCCUCUCGGAGAAGCCCUCCGUCAGCGGCAACACGGCCAGUUUGCAAGUCGGAAUCAGUCAGAGCCAGGGCCCCCUGACCAGCCUGCCUUUGAGCCGGUCUUCCAGCCUUCAGUGGACCUCCCUGGGACGCCAGAAUCCUUCCAAAGCAGCUCUUCCUACAGCGAAAUACCCACCUAUGACACAUACCAGCCUGCCCCCUUCAGCUCUACCCUCAGCGAGUCAGCCCCCACUGGCGUGAGCGACCAUAUCAGUGCACAAGCCACAAACCUGCCUAACGAGGAGGAAGAACCCAAGAGGAGAAGGAUCCGAUAUGAGGAGCUGCGUAGCCGAAACCGGGAGAACUAUGAGGUCAUCAUGAACCAGAAAGCUGAGGCAGCCAUCAAGCCCACCGCUGAGAAGGUGCCCCCCAAGAAGGAGGCUAAGAAGAACAUUUAUGGAGAUGCCUGGGAAGAAUGAGACUGGCGACAGUGACAGAGUGACAUCCAGCUCCUCUGCUCUCUAUUGGCUCAGCAGAUGUCUGAUUGUAUUUCUAAAAACCUGUCAUUAUGGUCUGUACCUUUCAUAUCUCUGCUUCAGACACUGUGCCAUUCCACGGUGAUCUUGGCAAUCACACAAAAAUACAGCCUCAGAACAAAUCACUGUAGUGUCCUGCCAAGCCAGCCCUGAAAUUUCUAGGUUAAAAAUGUUUUAAAUCUUCUCAAUAAAGCUAAUUCGCCAAUGGA